CCUCUCUCUCCCUCCCUCUCUCUCUCGGCUGUUUCAGAACUCAAUUUUAGGGUUUUUGCGUCUCGGACUUCGCUCUCCGCAGCUCACCUCCGAUCACCAAUGGCUCAUAGCGCUGGCUCCGGCACUCGCCCCCACCACCUCUCCGUCGCACCCCCACUCCCGAUCUCCAAAGAUGUUCAAGGGCUGGAGAAUCCCGUCCCGCUUUCACCGCAGUGGCUUCUGCCGAAGGCUGGCGAUGGGAAGCUUGGAACAGGACCUGGCGAAAGCCAUUUUUCUCCUUAUUCAGCUCCUGGGAAUCUCUCUGGCAGCAAGUCCUCUGGAGAAGGUGAAUCUGUCAAGAAGAAGGAUGUUUUCAGGCCAUCCUUGCUUGACAUGGAGACUGGUAACCGUGACCGUUGGCGCGAUGAGGAAAGAGAUACUAAUGUCUCAGCUCGCAAAGAUCAUUGGAGGGAUGGUGACCGAGAACUCAGUGACACUCGCAGAGUGGAGCAUUGGGACAACCCAGCAAGACAACACUUUGGAGAGGGUCGCCGUGCUCCAUCUGAGCGGCGAAAUGAUCUGAGUAAUAGGGAGAACACUAAUGACCAACGGCGCGAGAGCAAAUGGAAUACACGUUGGGGACCUGAUGAUAAGGAAAGAGAAGUGUCGCGUGAGAGGUUUAACAACUCUGGGAAAGAUGGUGACAUACUUGCUGAUAAAGGCACUGGUCACGCAAGCAACCAUAUGAAGGAUGACAGGGAGGGAGAUCACUACCGCCCGUGGAGAGGUUCAUUCAUGCAAAGUCGAACAAGGGUAGAGCCUCCUCUCCAGCAAAGCCCAAUAAUGAACAAACAGGAGCCCACCUUAGCCCCUGGUAGGGGACGAGCGGAAACUGCCCCUAUGACCUUUUCUUUUGGACGUGGAAGAAAUAUUUCUGUCGGGAAUCCGACAAAUAGUGCUUCUAUGCAUUCUCUAGGGGCAACCAGCGACAAGGGUGAUAUUAGCCACGGAGAGGCUUCUACUUUCAGAUACAAUCGGAUGAAGUUGCUGGGUGUGUACCGAACAAUGGAUAUGAGAUCUUAUAGAAAUCUAAAAGAUGGGUUGGUACAAGUUCCACUACUGACACAGGAAGAACCAGUAGAACCUUUGGCUCUUUGUGGACCCAGUGUGGAGGAAACGGAUGUUUUGAAUGGGAUUGAUGCUGGGGAUAUAGUGAGUAGUGGCGCUCCUCAAAUAGCAAAAGAUGGAUCAUUUGGAAGAAACAUGCUGGAUAGUUCACAAUCCAGAAGAAACAAAUUUGGAAGUACAGAAGAGCUGCCCUUUCAUGUGGAUGAAUCUGGUGAACAUGUUGAAACAUCAAAGGGAUUUUAUGCCAAUACUGUUGAGGGAUUACCUCCUGAACAACGAAAACUCUCACAUGACUUCAGCUCGAAGCAGGACUCUGUAGAAGCUCAGAAGAUAGAUCAGAACAGGAACUCAAAAGCUUUUCUGAAAGAUGAAGAGAAAUGGCAUACAAAUGAAGACCCUAUCCUUGAAAGACAAUCAGCUGCCCAGCAGGAAGCAAGGGGUCUUCAACAGACACCUCCAGAAAACUUGAUCCUGUGCUAUAAGGAUCCCCAGGGUGAAAUUCAGGGACCCUUUUCAGGCAGUGAUAUUAUUGGAUGGUUUGAGGCUGGAUACUUCGGCAUAGAUUUGCUUGUUCGUCUGGCAAAUGCUCCAAGUGGCUCACCAUUCCUGUUUCUUGGUGAUGUUAUGCCCCAUCUACGUGCUAAAGCAAGACCUCCGCCAGGAUUUAAGACUCCAAAACCAAAUGAAAUGGAUGAGCCGGCAGGUAGGACAGACUUGAGUAGUGUUGGUAGUGCUCAUGCUGGUUUGGGUGGGAUCGAUUUAAUAGGCAAUGAUCUGAGGCGCAAGCAGGCAUCAAGAACAGAAGCUGAAAAUAGGUUUCUGGAGUCACUGAUGUCUGGAAGUGCUAGCAGCAUGCCCCCCUUCUCUGAAGGCCUGCAAGGACAGAGAGAGAGGCAUCCGACUAUCGGGGCCACUGCUGAAAUAGAUGGUGGAAAUGCAUUCCUGAUGGCUAAGAGAAUGGAGCUUGAAAGGCAAAGGUCGAUGUUGAACCCCAACCAAUAUUGGGGAAGAGAUCCUGUGAUCCCAUCACCAGAGGUUGUCCAGAAUUCAAUUCCUCAUUCAACCCUUCUGUCGUCAGUGGCUGAUGGUACUAGAUUACCUCAGUCACAGAGUCCUGAGUUGAUACCGAUCCUUCAGGGAUUGUCUGAGAGACCAUUUGCUGGUGUUAAUACUAGUGUGACCAGUUGGUCCAACUUGCCCAGCCAAGGUAGCUUGGACCCAAUUCAGGAGCAAAUAGGUUUGCAUCAUGCCCAGAACUUCUCUUCUCAAGGUCUGCUGGGUUUGCAACAACAGAGGCUUCAAUCCCUGAGUCAACCUUCUUUCUCUAAUUUGUUUCCUCAACCUGUGGAUGGUGUUUCUGCUAAUCUAACAGCUGAUAAGUUAAUGUCUUCUGGCUUGUUGGAAGAUCCGCGACUAUUGAGUAUGUUGCAAGAGCAGCAAUUAUUGCGGUUGCAUUCACAGGUGCAAGCUCCUGCACAGCAGCUGUCAUUGUUAGAUAAAGUCCUGCUGCUUCAGCAGCAGCAGCAGCAGCAGAAACAGGAGCAGCAGCAGCAGCUAUUGAGGCAACAACAAUUACUCUCUCAGAUUUUAUCAAAUCAUCCUCCGAACCAGCAUUUUGCUGAGCCUUCGUUUGCUCCCUCACAGAUGGGAGCUGCUCCUAUGGAUCCUCAGCAGAGGCCAUUACAGGAGUUGUUUCGUGUUGGAAACAAUGAUGUGAACAGUUCUAACUCUGCGAACUUACCUCCACAAGUCAAUCAAAAUAUUGGCCAUAGUGCUGGUACCGAGGCCUCUUUGCAUCUGCCUCACCAAAUUUUUGGGAGUUUUAACCAUCAGAUGGGCUUGGCUGCUCCAGUCCCUGGGCUAGCCGAAACUAUCCAUCAGAAGGAACAAUUGCCCUUCACUGCUACUGUUGAAAUGUCUAUACCAUUGGAUGUUUCAGGUAGAUCUUCAGUGGGGGGACCCCAUGUUGUGGGAGCACCGCAUGCUCCUGAACAUCUGAUUCCACACACUGGUGGUGCUGCUGUUCAACCUGUCAUGACUGCAACAUCAGAGCUUACAGCUGAUCCUGCUACUUGCGAGCGUCCAGUCAUGGCUGGAACUUGUGAAAAUGAAUUGGCUGUGCCUGAACAACUUGAUGGCAACCAGAUUCAGCAGGAAGCUACUCUUGAUAAGCCUCUUGAAGAAAAUAUCAUGGAAGAGCAGGUGGCAUCAGAUGUAAAUGUUGUUGAAGAGCGUGAGGUUAAGAAAGUCCCUGAGAAGAAAUCCAGAAAGCAAAAGUCAUCCAAAUCAAAUUCUGCUUCUGAACCGGCAAAGGGGCUGAAAGCUAAUGCGACACUGCAGGCGGCACAGUCUGAGACACUCGGGAAAUCUCAGCCUAAAACAGUAGAGGAGAACAUUCCAUUUGUGGAGUCUCGGGACAGGAAGACCUCAAUUCAGGAAAGCGCUCCUGAAGAUAUUAAAGCUGACAGGGCCGAGGUCAAGGCUGAUUCCAGGCAAAAUGGGUCCGUCUCAGUUCCAAGUGCUCAACCUGGGCAACGAGCUUGGAAAGCUGCUCCUGGUUUUAGGGCAAAGUCACUGCUGGAAAUUCAACAGGAAGAAGAGAGGAGAGCGCAGGUGGAAAUUGCAGUCUGGGAGAUCACCACUUCAGUCAGUACUAUGAAUGUGUCAACACCUUGGGCAGGGGUUGUGGCCAACUUAGACAGUAAAACUUUUAGGGAUACUGCUGGAGAUGCCAGCGCUGUGGCGCCUAUUAUGGCAAAAAGUGAAAUUUCUCCUAGCUCAUUGAGUCGGAAGAGCCAACUGCACGAUCUGUUUGCGGAUGAAGUUGGACCCAAGUCCAGUCAAACGCAGGUAGAAUUUCCUGUUCCAACUCAUGUUUCGGCUGUGGAGGAUGAUGAAUUUAUUGAGGCCAAGGAAAGUAAGAAGAGCCGCAAAAAAUCUGCUAAAGCUAAGAGUGCUGGGGCGAAGGCUCCAGUUGCUGUUGCAGCUGAUGUGCCGGCUGCUUCAAGUCCCCUCGAUAAAGUUAAAAGCUCUCGUGCUGUACAGGAGGAUAGGGAAGUACUGCCUGCAAUUCCAUCUGGUCCUUCUCUGGGAGACUUUGUUCCUUGGAAGGUGGAGUCAUCAAAUUCUACCCCUGCACCUGCUUGGUCCAUUGACUCUGGGAAGCUUGCCAAGCCAGCCACAUCAUUGAGGGACAUCUUGAGGGAGCAAGAAAAGAAAGUUUCUUCUGUCGCAAACAAUCCAAUGCCCGCACCUCCAAAAUCUCAGCCCAUUCAGAGUGCUCAACGAAGCACAUCAUGGUCGCUUUCUGGGUCAUCUCCUGCUAAAGCAGCCUCUCCCAUCCAGUUCAAUUCCCUUGCUUCAUCUCAGUUGAAGCAUAAGGCUGACGAUGAUUUAUUCUGGGGUCCGAUUGAUCAGUCGAAGGAAGAAGAGCAACGAAUGGACUUUCCUGGACUUGGAAAUCAGGGUGGCUGGGUUACCAAAAGUACUCCAGUGAAAGGAAUGGUUGGGGGGUCAUUAAACCGACAAAAAUCUGCUGGAGUCAAACCUGUUGAACGUUCUCUUUCAUCAUCACCUGCAUCAGCUCAAGCAUCCUUGAAAGGGAAGAAAGAAGCCAUGAACAACCAUUCAGAGGCAAUGGACUUCCGAGAUUGGUGCCAGAGUGAGUGUGCGAGGCUCAUUGGGACAACAGAUAUGAGCUUUCUGGAAUUCUGCGUGAAGCAGUCGAGGUCAGAGGCAGAGUUGCUCCUGAAAGAGAACUUGGGAGCAUAUGAUCCCAAUCACGAGUUCAUUGACAAGUUCCUCAACUACAAGGAGCUCUUACCUGCAGACGUGCUCGAAAUAGCCUUCCAGAACCCAGGCAACCGGAAGGUGACUGGCUUCAACAUCGUCGAGAAGAAGUCCGCCGAGAAAACGGGCAGCGCAGGAGAUGACGCAGAACAGGAAUUGGCUGAUGGGGCAACCUCCAAAGGUGGGGGCAAGAAGAAGGGGAAGAAAGGGAAGAAAGUGAACCCCUCGGUUCUGGGAUUUAACGUCGUGAGCAACCGGAUCAUGAUGGGUGAGAUCCAAACCGUUGAAGACUAGUGGAAAGGAGCUGCAACCAGAUCACGAUGGGUGAGAUCCAUACCAUCGAAGACUACUGGGGAGGGAGCUUUCUCAAUGCUGCGGCAUCACUGACUGUACAUACAAAUUGAUCUUUAGUUCUGUGCGUAUCUAUAGACGAUUUUGUGAUUUUCCCUUCUAAUUAUAGACCGAAUGGCUGCAGAAGUGUUUUGAAUCUGCUCCAGAAGUUUUGUUUGUUCUGUAGGAUAUAGUUUGGGACUUGGGGAGAGGCUGUUUUUGGUUAAUACUUAUGAAGAAUGGAAGCUUUGACCAAACCCAUUGACUUUGAGGUCCGCUCUUAGUCGUUGCCUCUCCGUGCCAGUUGGAGUCGACAAAGUUAGAUAUUCAAUUCAUUCGUUUUGAGCUGAA